AUGGAGACAAGAAAGAUGAUGGCAGAGCAACAAAAAGGCAUGAAGCUGCGCAACAAGCUCUUCAAACCAAAUCGAGAUGCUAAGGUGGUGAUUAACACUCAAGGGAAGGAAUGCAAAAUGGCUUUCGGAGAAAAGGCAAACCUUGUUGCAAGUGGCACAAUAGUUGAGAUUGAUGUGCCAAACCAGCUGGUUCAUAAUGUUCCUUUGGGAGAGGGGAACAUAAGAGUAGCUGUGAAUUGUGCACUAAAGGGAGAUUCUCCACUACCAAUCCCUGUGAAAAGAGUGUUAGAAACAGUUGGGGAUGCCAUUGGAUCGCAAGUAGCUUGGCCUCAAGAUCUUAUUGUCUUAGUGAUAAAGCGGUAA